AUGUCCACAAUCGCCUCUCCGCGGGACCCCUCGGGCCCCUUCCCGCGGCGCACAAACUCCUCCAUCAUCACGCCCACCUCGUCCUCGCGACCAAGCCUCGACGUCCCAGCCUCGGCCUCAGGCUCUCCCAACCCCAACAUUACAUCCACCUCCACCAACGCCCAAUCCAAACGCGCUAACCGUACCGCCCUGCGCGAGUACUACAACAUUCGCGCCUCCUCCUCCCCCACCACCACCACCAACAACAACAACAACAAGCCCCUCCCCUCCCCACCAACGGUUUCCAUAACCGACCCCUCAUCCUCCUCCUCCUCCUCCGUACCAAUACAGCCGUCGUCAGAGCUCGACAGCCCGGACUUUGACGCGCAAUCCUACAUCGCCCGCCUGCUCUCGACGGCCUCGCUCGCCGACCUACUGCGCACCUACACGCGCGUGCUGAGCGAGAUGCGCGCGCUUGACGCCGAGAAGAAGGCGCUCGUGUACGACAAUUAUUCCAAGCUCAUCGCGGCGACCGAAACGAUACGCCGGAUGCGGGCUACGACUACCGAAGGGGAAGGUGGUGAUGGGGGGCUGGAAGGGGUUGUAGAGGGGAUAUACAAGAUGGCUGUUGAGUUGCGGGAGGGGUUGAGGGUGGUUGUGAAGCCGCCUUUCACUGGUGAGGUAGUAGAGUGUGGGGAUGAUGUUAAGAGGAAGAGGGAGAGGACGAGGGAGUUGGCGAGGGAGGUGGUCAAGGUUCCUGGGCGGGUGAGAAGGUUGAUGGAGGAAGGGAGGGAAGAAGAGGCGAGGAGGGAGUGGGAGGUGCCGAGGAGGUUGUUGGUGCGGUGGAAGGAGCUUGGUGUUGGAGGGGACGAGGUCGGGGCGUUGAUCGAGAAAGGGGAUGCGGCGUUGAGGGCGGGUCAAGAAGGGCAUAAGAGUGAGAUGGCUAGUUCAACGACAUGA